AUGGUCUUAUUCUGUGUGGUUUUGUCGGAAAGCCGUUUUGCUUCGGCCGUUAAGUUGGCUGCCGUUCUGAUGAUGAUGACCGCUCUCUUCCUCAGGCUGGUGCUCAGAUCUUGGUCAAGCUGUUGUUCGGGAGAAGAGGAAAAUGUUGAAUCUUUAUUUCAUUGCUCUGAUUUUCUCUCUCUGUCUCUGUUUUUCUCCUCCAUGCCUAAAAUAGAGGUGGAACAGAAAGUUUUCCUGUGCCCAGGGCUCUUACGUGGCGUUUAUCAGAGCGAGCAUCUGUUCGAGUCGGACCACCAGUCGGGAGCUUGGUGCAAAGACCCCCUCCAGGCCUCAGAUAAGAUCUAUUACAUGCCCUGGACGCCGUAUCGCACGGACACCCUCACCGAAUACUCCAGCAAAGAGGAUUUCAUCGCAGGACGACCCACCACGACCUACAAGCUCCCCCAUCGGGUCGACGGCACCGGGUUCGUCGUCUACGAUGGCGCUCUGUUCUUCAACAAGGAGCGAACUAGGAAUAUCGUCAAGUUUGAUUUGCGCACUCGCAUCAAGAGCGGCGAGGCUAUCAUCGCUAGCGCGAACUACCACGACACUUCGCCGUAUCGCUGGGGAGGCAAGUCGGAUAUCGAUUUGGCGGUGGACGAGAACGGUCUUUGGGUGAUUUACGCCACGGAGCAAAACAACGGACAGAUCGUGAUCAGCCAGCUCAACCCAUAUACGUUACGUGUCGAGGGAACUUGGGAUACGGCCUAUGACAAACGCUCCGCUUCCAACGCCUUCAUGAUCUGUGGGAUCCUGUAUGUCGUCAAGACUGUCUACGAAGACGACGAUAGCGAAGCCACCGGGAAUAAAAUCGACUACAUCUACAACACGGAGCUGAGCAAAGACGGCUAUCUGGACAUCCCCUUCCCGAACUCGUACCAGUACAUCGCUGCCGUGGAUUACAAUCCCAGAGACAAUCUGCUCUAUGUGUGGAAUAACUACCACGUGGUCAAGUAUACGCUGGAUUUCGGAGUCCUGGACAACAGGCUAGAAACUUCCUCCUCAGGAAACGUCUUAAUGGACACGACGAUGACACGCACCACGACUCGCCCGGUCACUGUCACCACGGCGACCACCUCCACCAGCACCACCAUGACCAGCAGCACCCGAUCUCCCUCCACGACGCCGGAGGCCCCACGCAGCACCACCACAGACCGGCAGCCGGCAGCUCUUCCCGAGGUCACGGCGCGCUCUGACCCGUCCUCCGUCCUGCCCAACAUCGCUGUGGAGUUCUGCAGCCCCGUCACCGACUCCUCCAUCACCUGGCCCAAAACACGACAGGGCCUCGUGUCCAAGCAGCCCUGCCCACCGGGAACCGUCGGGACGGCUGUGUUCGCCUGUCAGGGACCCGAGGGUCUGUGGGACCAGCAGGGGAAUCUGUAA